AAUCACAAAAUGCCGAAAAUAUUCACUCCAACCAAUCAGAUCCGGCUCACGAAUGUGGCCGUCGUGCGAAUGAAGAAAGGUGGCAAGCGUUUCGAGAUAGCGUGCUACAAAAACAAAGUGCUCUCAUGGCGAUCCGGCGCGGAGAAGGAUCUGGACGAGGUGCUGCAAACGCUGGCGGUGUUCAACAACGUAUCGAAAGGAGAGGUCGCCAAAAAGGAGGAACUGCAGAAAGCUUUCGGCAAGGAUGAUAUCACUGAGAUUUGUAAAGAAAUCUUGGCCAAAGGUGAAUUGCAGGUGUCGGAAAAGGAACGGCAGGAUCAGCUCGAUACAAUGUUCAAGGAGAUAGCCACAACCGUUGCGGACAAGUGUGUAAAUCCGGAAACGAAGCGCCCGUAUCCGGUAUCGAUCAUAGAGAAAUCGAUGAAAGAUGUCCACUACUCCAUCAAACCACAUCGUAACGCCAAACAGCAAGCGCUCGAUGUGAUUCGGCUGCUAAAGGACACCAUUCCACUCGAACGAGCCAAGAUGCGGCUGAAGAUGGCACUGCCGGCAAAGGAAGCGAAACGCCUGAAGGAGAGAAUAGCGAAGCUAAGCUCAACGGUGACGGAAGGGGAAGAGUGGGAAGGCGAACGGUUGAUGCUGACGUGCCUCAUCGAUCCGGGCCACUUCCGAGAGAUGGAUGAAAUAAUUCGAACCGAAACGAAAGGUGCCGGCUCACUGGAAGUGUUGAACCUGAAGGAGAUCAAAGAGGGCGAGGAAGUGUUGGAAUGAAUGGCU